UAGCAAUGCCAGCACGGAUGUUUUCAGGCUUUGCCCAGGAAGAAAAUUCAGAAGAGAUGAAAUACCUUAUCAGACAGUUAAAGAAAUAGUGGGAAAACAUUUGGAUAAUUUGCCUCCACAGAAAAGACGGCGCAUCCUGGAAGACAUCAAAAAGCGUACUUCUCAAGGCUGCAGUCGUCGCUCGAGCCGUGCUGACCUAAGUCCAAUGACCAGAAUGCAAAUGCUAUUUGCAGUAGACUGUGGAAGUGAUGAGGAAAUGCCAAUGCCGUCAGCAUCCAGCAAGCCAACUUUAUCGGAAGCGAGACGAUUGCUUCUUAUGGACAGGCACCAUCUGUUGCCACAAUUGGAGGAUAUUAACGAGGCACAAAAAAUUCAUUUAAAAUUUCCGAAACAUUUGAGGAAAACUGUGCGAAUGCGAACAGAACGAAGAUUAGCCGCUGAGACAAAUACUUUCCACAACAUAGUGUGUGAGGAGGAGCAUCUACCUGAGGAGUUCCGACCGGUCUAUGAUCGCUUAUUGAGUAGCGGUAAAUCGUCAUUAGAUUGUUAUCACGUCAUUAUAAAUACGUUACAUCAUUACUUUAUGCGUGUGACAUGGACAGAUUAUGUAUUGAAUACGAUGAAUGAGUUUAUUUCGCGACAUGUUAUGCUGGACUGUGACGAACUAACGACAAAGUAUGACCGCAGGGACAGGGGAGCGGAUAUUCACGAACGCCUGCGGGAAUAUGAGCUAUUGGUUCUCCUCGAGUUUCACUUGAUCAAGGAACAUCCAGAAAGGGUUGAGGAAACUGAUGUUUGUUUUUCGUUAUUGCAUCUGUGAAC